AUGUCGUUCCAGCACCUGGAGAGCACGAGGGCACGGGGAAACUUCUACACGUACGGCAGCAACUACGCCUUACUGAGGCUGAGCGCAGCGAGGAGCGGCGGCCAGUCCAAGCUGCAGCCCAAGCAGCGGCGGGACGAGGAGUCCUCCUUCGAGCGGAGCAUCAAGGCGAACGUGCAGCAGAUGCAGGAAGCCACCGACCAGCUCGACAGCGCACAGCGGGGCUACCUCUCGCGGCGGAUCAGCGAGAGCCUGGACACGGCCCUGGAGCGAAGCCGGGAGCUGUCGCAGGAGACGGAGCAGCUGUUCCGGGACUGGACCGUGCACCUCGCCGGCGAGCCCUCCGAGAGGCACCGGAAGAAGUUCUCCUUCGAGAAGCUGCAGCGGGCGUUCGAGCAGGAGGUCAUGCACCUGAAGGACGUGGCGCGGAGGGCGGUGACGACCCAGCAGGAGUCUGGGGCAGUGGGCGGGCCGCCCCCGCUCCCAGAGGAGGCCCUGAACUCGCACAAGGCCGGCUGCUCCAGCGCCAUCGAGUGCCUUCCCGUGUGUGGCGACCAGGCGAUGCUGUCCUUUGGCAUGCUCCUCUCGAGCUGA